AUUCGGUUACCUAUCGUACUGCAAGUAAAGUCUCUAAAAGAAAUUAAAAAUGAAAUUCACAAUUUUGAUCAUGUUUCUCGUCGUUGUAUGUCUUGCAACUCAAGAAGCUUUAGGAGCUGUUGACAGCAUUUGUUCAAGAGAUCAACGCACAGGAGGAUUUCAAACGUUUAACAGCCUUGAAGACAUGUACAUGGCUAAUCACCUUGGCGGCCUUGAAUUUAAGAAACGUGAUAUUGACACAUGUGGUUGGUAUCCAGAAGUUUUAAGUAUCAGACAAAAGUUUCAUUCAUUGGGACUUGAAAUUAACUAUCAUUGA